ACUUGGCUGGAUAUCCUCAUCUCCCCCUCCUCUCUCUCUCUCUCUAGGAUCCCCUCCCUCUCCUCUCUCUCUCUCAUUUCCGCCAAUGAAGGGGACCAAGCCCGCGCCCAACCUCAUAGCCCUCAACAACUCCCAUUCCCUUAGAUGACUCCAGUCAUCAUCUCCGCCGCCACCGCCAUAAUAAUCACCCUCCUCGCCAUCACCCUCUCUCCAGCCCAUGCCCUAGGCGGGUCCGCCACAACCCUCGCCGUCAUCUACAGCUCCGCCACCGUCUGCGGCAUCCUCGCCCAACAACAAACCCAGCGAAUCCAAUGCUGGCAGCCCAACUUAAACGCCCAACAACCCAUCACUCUCUCUCCAAACACCACGUCCUUCGACUACAUCGCCGGCGGCCGGAACACCCUCUGCGGCGUCAGGUCCGGCGGCGCCAGCCUCCUCUGCUGGGACUCCAACUUCACCCCAAAAAGAAUCUACAACAACGACACGGCGCCGUUACAGGACCUCACAAUGGGCGACGACCAAAUUUGCGCCCUCACAAACACUAGAACCGUCAAGUGCUGGAGAGGAGGAGCUAGAAACUCUGCUCAAUUCCCUAAUGGGUCUGCUCAAUUUCAGUCAAUCUCAUCUGGGUCAGGGUUUGCUUGCGGAGUCUUGAUGAAUAACAACAGGGUUACCUGUUGGGGUAGCAAUUCAACAAUGGCGAGUUUUAUUCAAGCCCAGUUCGUUAAUUUAUCCAUGUCGAGUGUUUUUGUUGGAGUCAGUAGUGCUUGUGGGUUGAAUCUCUCUGGGUUUGUGAUCUGUAAAGGAAGUAACGAUUCUGGUCAAUUGCAAGUUCCAUCCAAUUCGGCUUUCGAGUACUCUGGUUUGGCACUCGGGGCUAAUCAUGUUUGCGCAACUCGUAGAUUGAACGGUACGGUCAUUUGUUGGGGUGCCAGUGGAAAGUUUUCAAGUAAUUCAACAGAGGGGGUCUCGUUCGAAUCGAUCGUGGCAGGAUUUAAUUUCACCUGUGGAUUGACUACGAGUAAUUUUUCGGUCAUUUGUUGGGGGCCUGGCUGGCCUAGUGAUUCAACUUCAGGGCUUAGUCUUCCAUUACCCAAAAUACUCCCAGGGCCAUGUGUUGAGUCCAAUUGCAGUGAUUGUGGUAUAUACCCUGAGUCUCAAAGCCUCUGUUCUGGUUCUGGCAAUAUAUGUAAACCUUGUGGUAUAAAAAUUCCAAUUCCAGUUCCACCGCCACCAUUCCCACCACCACCAGCUGUCACUCCCACUCCAUCACGUCCAUCUAGGGCUCUGAGAAAGGGUUUAUUAGCUUUCGCGAUCGUGGGAUCGGUCGGAGCCUUUUCGGGUUUUUGCACCAUAAUUUACUGCUUGUGGACGGGCGUUUGUUGUGGGAAAAAGAAGAUUCACAACUCGGUGCAACCAACUGUCACUCGGUCCAACUCGGUUCCCGGCGGCGGCCAGCCGUCGAGUCCCAGCCCCGUUUCCAGGUCCUCCACCAUCCGGCGUCAGGGGUCGAGAAUAAUGCGGCGGCAGAGGAGCGGAACCUCCUCCAAGCACACCGAGAGGGCCGAAGAGUUCUCCUUCAACGACCUGGCGGCCGCCUCGGACAACUUCUCCCCGGCGAACAAGCUCGGCGCCGGCAGCUUUGGUAUAGUUUACAGAGGGAAAUUAUGGGACGGGCGGGAAGUGGCCAUUAAGAGGGGAGAAACAGGGACGAAAACCAAGAAAUUUCAAGAGAAGGAGAGCGCUUUCGAUUCCGAAAUAGCGUUUUUGUCUAGGCUUCAUCACAAACACUUGGUAAGCCUUGUUGGGUAUUGCGAGGACAGAGAUGAGAGGCUUUUGGUUUACGAGUACAUGAAAAAUGGAGCAUUGUAUGAUCAUUUACACGACAAAAACAACGUCGAAAAGAGUAGCAGCGUGUUGAAUUCAUGGAAAAUGAGGAUCAAAAUCGCCCUAGACGCGGCUCGUGGGAUCGAGUACCUCCACAACUACGCGGUUCCACCGAUCAUCCAUCGCGAUAUAAAGUCCUCUAACAUUUUGCUUGAUUCGAAUUGGACUGCUAGAGUGUCUGAUUUCGGGUUAUCGUUAAUGGGUUCGGAGUCCGAUAGGGGUUUCAGACCGGCAAAGGCGGCCGGGACGGUCGGGUACAUCGAUCCGGAGUACUACGGGCUAAACGUGCUGACGGCGAAGAGCGAUGUGUAUGGACUCGGGGUGGUGUUGCUUGAGCUCUUGACGGGAAAGCGGGCGAUAUUCCGGAGCGGUGGAAGCGGGGGAGAGCCGACGAGGGUGGUGGAUUACGCGGUUCCGGCGAUUCAGGAGGGAGAAAUGGGGAGGGUGUUGGACCCGAGGGUGGGGCCGCCAGAGGUUAGCGAGGCGGAAGCGGUGGAGCUGGUGGGGUACACGGCGUUGCAUUGUGUGAAUAUGGAGGGGAAAGAUAGGCCAAGCAUGAGUGAUAUUGUGGCUAAUUUGGAGAGAGCAUUGGAUCUUUGUGGUGAUAGCCAUGGCAGCAUCUCCAGUGGUCCAAUCUCCAUUGCUUCAGAGUGAAAGGGAAACAAAAUGCAAAAUUUGAUUUUUGAUAUUCUUCUUCUUCUACUACUUUUUUUUUGGUUUUGUCAUUUUUUGUUGGCUAAUUUAUUUUGGAUAUAGUUUUGG